GCCAUUUCUAUCGAUCGAGGAAUGAUAAUGGGAAAGAUGCAUUUAGCAGCAGUUGCAGUUGCAGCGGUCGCUGUGAUAACAAUGUUUUCUCUGCAAUCUGCCCAAGCAUAUCCGUUGAAGGAGAAAAUAACUCACCUGCAAUUCUAUUUCCAUGACAGAGUUGCAGGAAAAAAUGUUACGGCCGUGGAGGUGGCGUCUGCUCCAACUACUAAGACAUCGGCUACUGUCUUCGGAAAGGUUUUUGUGAUGGACGAUCCAUUGACGGAAGGGCCUGAGCCCACCUCCAAAUUGGUGGGCAAAGCUCAGGGUUUGUACGCCUCCGCUGGCCAAGAGGAUUUUCACCUGUUAAUGGCGGUCACCUAUGUUUUUCAGGGCGGAAAGUUCAAUGGCAGUACACUCGCUGUGGUUGGUAACAACGCUGCGUUUUCCGAGGUUAGAGAGAUGCCAAUUGUAGGAGGAAGCGGGAAAUUCAGGCUCGCUCGAGGAUAUGCCCUCGCCCGUACUCACUUCUUCGACCUCAAAACUGCCAAUGCAAUCGUUCAUUACAAUCUCACCGUAUAUCAUUACUGAUCAUGCUCCAACAUUGUUUGCCCUAUUUUUUAUUCUGCUUGUUUAGAAUUUUAAGAAGUGCUGGAAGCUGAAACUGUUUAUCCAUUUUUUGGGUGGGUUGGAUAAAUCUUGAGUUACAAUUUAAGAUCACGGAGUACCCAAUUACAAUACGUCAAAAACUGGAAAGCUUCUGCUGAUAAAGCCGCCAUUGUUCAUCCAAUUCUUGUAGGACUGUUUCAUCUUCAAUCUAUUUUGUUUUGCUAUCUCUUUCUCUUUUUAGAGGAUCUCAUAGAUGAGCGUAUACCAAUCGUUACACAUUUAGAUCUUGAUUUGUGAAAA